CCUGUUCCAGGUCACACAGGAAUUGGGUCUUGAGCCUCCUCGGCCAUGACCUUGCCCCUCUCCAUCCAGGACCCUGGUCCUUGCAGGGCUGUGGCCCACCCCUCCUUCUUAUAGCCAGGAAUAGUGACCUUCCUCUUAUAGCCAGGAAGGGUGACCCCCGACUCCCCACCUGGGUCUGGCUUUAUCCCAGACCUGGGCACUGCAAGGCUGGGAGUGAGCAGAACAGAGGCUGGGCAGUGGUGCCCGCGAGAGCACUGCCCUGUCCCUCUUGGCCCGGCCACUCCGCUCCACAGGGUGUGCCUAGGGCUACGGGGCACCGGCACAGUGAGAGUUACAGCCGGGGCCCCUCCCAGUCUCCUGAGCCACCAUCCCUUAGCAACAGUCCUGCUGGGCAGGACGCGUUGCCAGCGCUGGGCAAAGUGGGCAGGAGCCAGAGGAGUGGCUGUCUGGCUUCCAGAGCAGACGAAGGGCAGGUGAGCAGGUAGUGGGCCAGGGCAGGCUUGCGGCACCUGACCACAGCCUGGCCGGCAGAGUGGGAGCCCUUCCUCCAGCUCUCUCCAAUCCAGCUACCCGGACAGCCCUGACCCAGCAUGGAUGCUGUGGACGCCACUGUGGAGAAGCUCCGGGCACAGUGUCUGUCCCGAGGGGCCUUGGGCAUCCAGGGCCUGGCUAGGUUUUUCCGCCGCCUGGAUCGGGACAAGAGCCGAUCCCUGGACUCGGGGGAACUCCAGCGGGGCCUGGCUGAGCUGGGGCUGGUGCUGGACGCAGCUGAGGCGGAGGGUGUGUGCAGGCGCUGGGACCGUGACGGCAGUGGGACGCUGGACCUGGAGGAGUUCCUGAGGGCACUGCGGCCCCCCAUGUCCCAGGCCCGGGAGGCGGUCAUCGCAGCUGCGUUUGCCAAGCUGGACCGCAGUGGGGACAGCGUGGUGACCGUGGACGACCUCCGGGGGGUCUACAGUGGCCGCGCCCACCCCAAGGUGCGAAAUGGGGAGUGGACCGAGGAGGAGGUCCUCCGCCGCUUCCUGGACAACUUCGACUCCUCUGAGAAGGAUGGGCAGGUCACUCUGGCUGAAUUCCAGGACUACUACAGCGGCGUGAGCGCCUCCGUGGACACAGAUGAGGAGUUUGUGGCCAUGAUGACCAGCGCCUGGCAGCUGUGAGCAGUACACGCUUACCCAGCCAGCACCAUCGUAGUGUAGGACCCCCACCCUGGCCCCCGAGCCCUGGCCCCUCUCACCUGGGCUUCUAGCUGCACAGCGCCCAGGGCGGGGGGGGGGGGGGUGCUACAGAGGAAUGUGGAAGAUUGAGGCUGUGGGACCAGCCGGACCGGGUCUCAGAGGACCCAGCUUGGCCAUCAGGUGGAAGGAGGACAGAGGUUCCAAGGAUGGGUCACUGGCUCAGAAUCCCUGUCCCUGCUGUGCUGACCUCAGGCCUCACAAAGCCACUGCAGAUGCCCCCCACCCUGCUUCCUCCCGUCUCUGCUCAGUGAAUCCUCCGCCCUGCCAGCAACGCCGUGGCCCCCCCCCCCCCCCCCCACCCAGGGAAGCCAGACGGCCGGGGACAAAGCAAAGCUCAGCACGGAGGCGGCCAGUCUUGGAAGGCAGCCAAGUGUGGUGACCUGCCCGGACGUGCCGUGGGGCGCAGGGGCCAGGCUGGCCCGGGAGCCGGAGGCUGUUCUUGGCCAGGCUGUCUGGCUUCCUGAGGCCCCUGGGGCAUGCAGGAGGCCAGAGUUUUAGUUAAAAGUUUUAAUGUAGUUCCCAAAUACAUUUCAUAUGACAAUCUUACAUAAAUGUUCCAAAACACA